AUGCACUGGUGGAAAGUGAUGGCAGCCCUUCUGCUCUGCUCACUGCUGCUCAGCCAGAGCCACGGCGUGUCCCUGGCCCCGAGGCAGCCCCAGCCCCGGCCCCGCAGCGCCCGGCAGCGGCGGAUGACGCCUUUCUGGAGAGGAGUGUCCCUGAGACCCAUCGGGGCCUCGUGCAGGGACAACAGCGAGUGCCUCACCAUGCUCUGCAGGAAAAACCGCUGCCUCCUCUCCACGGCCUCGGCGUGAGCUGGCACCAAGCACAGCCUGCACUGUUACUGCUGACCCUGCUCCAUGCACUUGGGAUGUAUUUAUUGACUGCUCAGGAGCUGCAAGGGCCUCAAGCAAGCAGAGUAUUUGAUAUUUCUGUCACAUGUGCUGAUGAAAGGACUUCAAGGAGCUCGAGAGCAUCUCCUCCCCAGCCACGCCUCUGGAGGCCUCUGGCCAAGCUCAAUAAAAGGACU